AUGAAUGGGCGAUCAGAUGUGGAUAACCACAUUGAUCAUUUACGAGCUGUGCUCGAGUGUAUGCGGACGAAUAAGUUGUAUGCUAACGCAUCGAAGUGCAUCUUCGGUGCGGAAGAGAUUCCCUUUUUGGGAUGCUUCAUUGGGAAGCGAGGAAUCCGGGCAGACCCUGUUAAGGUCAAAGCCAUAGUGGAUUGGCCGGUUCCGAGGAACCAAAAGGACCUACGCAAGUGGCUUGGCCUUGCAAAUUACUUGCAUAAGUAUAGCCACAACUAUGCGGAAGUGGCUAGGCCAUUGUCGAAUCUCCUUAAAAAGGAUGUGGAAUGGUGUUGGAACACCGAGCACCACGAGGCUUUUGAAGCCAUUAAGGAGAGUCUCCUUCAGGCGCCAAUUCUGGCUUUGCCUGAUCCUGAUCGCCCGUUUAGCGUCGUAUGUGACGCUUCGGACUUUGCCAUUGGCAGUGCUCUUUUGCAAGUCGACUCUGAGGGUCGAGAACGCGUCAUCGCGUUUGAGUCUCGCCAGCUGAAAGCUGCAGAGAAGAACUAUCCAGUUCAUGACAAGGAGCUACUUGCGAUGAAAUCAUGCGUCAUUACGCACAGCGACACAGUCGCCUCACCUCUCGCAGAGAAUGGCUCGUUGGCUCUCGUUUUUCGCGGAGUAUAA